CUGCAGAGCAGCUCAGCAGCUCCCUCAGGGGAAGGAAAACUGUUGUUUUGCGCAUGCGCACACCUGAGCAUGCUCCACCUGUUGAAGCCACUUAUAAUCAGUUCCCACCUCUCAGAGCUGCUCACCUGACGGAGCAACAUGAAUCCAACAGCCAGCAGAGACGGUUCACAGCCGCCAGAGCACUACAUGCCGCAGCCGUCAUCAUCAUCAGGAGGAGGAAGUUUGUAUCUGGAUGCCUUUGAGGUCUCUUUCCCUCUGGAGGAGAACAUCCAGAGACCAGCUGCAUAUCACCUGAACCAGGGUCAGCAGGUGAUGGAAGAGCCCGUCGUGCACGAGCCUCCUCACUCUCAUUACAGCCCUUUCAUCCUGGUCUCUAACCUGCGAGCUCACCUGUACGUCACGCUGGAGAAGAACGCCUGGCUGCAGAAACGCAUCGAGGAGCUGGAGGAGGAACGCAACUUCCUGCGCUGCCAGCUGGACCGCUUCAUCGUCAGCAUGAGGGGUCCGGAGGUGACAAAUUGGUGUGGAGAGUCUCAUCGUGCUGUGAAGAUCCAGCCGGCCGGCUCUCCCUCUCCUCUGUCCCCCAUGACCACCAGGUCUGGGAUGACCCUCAAACGGCUGCAGGGACCAGGAUCCCGGGCCCGCCGCAGCGCUGCCAUCCCUGUGAAGCAGGAGUUUCAUAUUGAGGAGGAUAAAUACUACACCGAGGACGAGUACAUGGAGGAAGAGGAGGAGGAAGACGAGGACUCGUCGCUGGAGAAGGGGUCAAAGAAGAAAGGUCGAGGGCGAGCCAACGGAGAGCCGAGGAUGAAGAUGAGGAGGAUCUUCAGGAUCACGCACGGGAGGGAGAGACAGAGAGUUAAAGACCCAGAGGGGGUUUUGAUUCGUUACAAAAAGAUCCUGAUGACUUAUCAGCGGGUGCGGAGCAUGUCCCGAGCUUUCCACAUCCACGGGGUCGACAGAAACACCAUGGCCUCCACCUCGCCGAUCGCAGAGCUGCUGCUGGUGGCUCCAGAUAAGGUGGCGGAGGUCGGGGAGUUCGAGGCGUCGAAGGAGAAGCUUUUGGAUUACGCCCGGCGGUGCUACAAGACGAUGGACGAGCAGACGCACGCAAAGGUUCAAACCCUGAAGAAGAGUCACAAGCUGCUGCCAAUCUCCUACAGGUUCAGAAACUGAGCGGCAACAGGGUUUUUCCUUUUUUUUUCUUUUGCACUCCUUCAGCUUUUAUUUAUCAGUUCCUUAAGAAGAAGCAGAAAAUAUACAGAUUAGAAAGAAAGAUCCGAUGCCAAAUCGCAGGAUUAAAGUUGAAUAUUUCUGCUGACAUGCUGCUUGAUUUCUGAAUUUUCUUUUUAUUAAUUAUGCAGCUGUUGUGGUGGGCAGAAUUUUUUUUCUUUAGUUCAGUAUUGAAGAUUUUGAUUUUCAUUGAAUGUUGAAAAUUACAUUAAGUUACUCCCUAAGUAUUUAUUGAAUUUAUUAAUUAAAAGACACAGUAGACUAAGGAUUAUAAAGACCUUGAUUUAUGAAUGACUGCAAACAUUUCAAGAGCCGGCGUCAAAGUAAUCAACAAGUGU